GAUCAGACAAGAACCAGACACAUCAGCGACAUCUACUCUUCAAGGCCCAGACAUCACGAGCUCCAGGCGAUCCUCAAUCGCGUCGCAUCUGGAUGGCAACAGCUCUCAGCGGCUCAAUCGCAACGACAAACGCAUCACAAAUAGACUCUAACCAUGACUCAGCUACGUCACCACCGCACCCAACAGGCGACAUCACUCCUCUACAAAAGGCGCUUAGUGCCAUUAGCGGGGCCAUCAUGACUUCACUCAUGGUGACACCGCUUGAUGUUGUCAAAACACGUCUUCAAUCGCAACCCCUCAAUCAACCAGACAUCAUCUGUUGUCGCGAACCGAUCAACGUCCAUGCGCAACAACACGCUCGCACACAGCAGCAAUACAGUUAUAACUCCGUGCAGCGGAUAGCGCGGUAUCACGUUUCUGGCGGUGGCGGUGGGACACUCGCUACCGCAACAGCAGCAGGCUGUAGUCCGAGUCCAGAAAUUUGUUUGGCAGAGGAGACGUCACUCAAGCGCUUCUCGGGGACCUGGGAGGGUCUUGUCAAGAUUGCUCGGAAUGAGGGACUUUCGAGUCUCUGGCGUGGUCUCUCACCCACCUUAUUCAUGGCUGUACCAUCGACUGUUAUUUACUUUGUCGGGUAUGAGCAAUUGCGAUUGAUUGUGAAUACCGACGCAUCCUGGGCCCCGUUGCUCUGUGGUGCGCUUGCGAGAACAGCUUCUGCAACAGCCAUUUCACCGCUUGAGCUACUACGUACACGGCUACAAAGUGCGACCCAUACACAUCGAUCUGCAUCAGAGACAUUCACUGAUGUGACACAGGGUAUUCGACAACAAGUCAGAACGGACGGGCUACGUGUCCUCUGGCGUGGUCUCAGUUUGACACUAUGGAGAGAUGUUCCCUUUUCAGGACUCUAUUGGCUUGGAUAUGAGCGCACAAAGCGACAACUCCAGCAAUCUAGUGUCGUGAUUCAGCAAUCACCGUUCCUGCAAUCCUUCUUGGCAGGUGGUAUCUCGGGUACCUUUGCAGCACUCAUCACAACACCGUUUGAUGUUGCCAAGACCAAAAAACAGAUUGUUGAAAAGAGCAUCACAAGCGCCAAUGCAGCAGAAGGCAGUAUGGUUCAAAUCAUGCGACGCAUCACAGUCGAGGAAGGCUGGCGAGGUCUUUGGAGAGGCACCGUGCCACGUUGUCUCAAGGUCAGUCCAGCAUGCGCCAUUAUGAUUUCUAGUUAUGAAUUUGGCAAGCGCUUCUUUGGACAACAACAAGGGAUGGCAUAGAGAGAGGGUACACUGGAAUCACAAACAUAACACGUAGCGAUAGCACAAUCAAUCUUGAUGGUU